UGGCCUUAUUUCCUUAAAGACUCAACAUCAAAAAUGAGACACAUGGAAAUGACUCACACAAGUGUCCCCAGAGUUUGGACAUGUCAACUUAAGUACCAUGUUGACAGCUUCAAAACAGGAUAUGAGCUAGAUAGGUCUAUGUUUAUUACAGAUGGCGGUAUGCUGAGGAGAAGCUAUAAUUGAGAGCUCUGAUAGGUCACUCCUUCAGCUGCAGUCACGUAUGCACUGUGACCUAAAAGUGAUUACAACAACUGACUGUACACUGUUUGUAGGCCACACUCAAAAUUUUCAUUUCAUUUUUUUUUUUAAUACAAUGACUGGAAACGUGCAGGAUAAGCACACUUAUAAUGCCUGCACCUUGCUUAAAACAAAUAUCCACAAAAAUACAGAGUGAGGAUUAUUAACUUCUCUAUUGUAAAACUAUAUACAACAAAGCUCUAACAGUAGAGUGACACUGAAUGGGUCACAAAAUUUGGACAUUUAGGUUUACUACACAAAUGAUUAUACACAAAGCAAAUACGCAUUUUGAUAUGGGGUGUCAAGUCAUAUCAGGACAUUUUUCAUCAUCUUAACUCUGCUCAGCGCUCAGACACGAUCCUGCAGUGUUUGCUUAUGGAUCUAUACAAACGUAUCAAUAACAGCUGCCUGUGACUUUAAAUACUACUCGUGAUGUUCUGCUUAAUAAGAAUAAAACUCAAUUUGCAAGAGUAGAAAAAAUCACAAUGGGAAUUUGUAGGAAACACUAAAAUCACCAUGGAGGAAUAAAUGGUCAUUUUAAUUGUAAAGUUAAUACGUUUUAUUAAUUAAGCUACUCAUAACAACACAAGCUCCAAGUCUUGACACAGGGAGGAUCUUAAUGAUGGCUGUGUACCAUUAAGAAGUCCUUGCAGAAGUGGCACGUAUUCGCCUCCGAGAUGUUACCUUUGCAGCAUGUCAGCCAUGACCUCUCUUUCGUUCUUUGUUUCUUUAUUUAUUUUUUUACUUAGUUUUAACCUUUUUUUGCCAUAAAAUACAGGCGAAUUGUCAAAAGCGGAUCGUUAAAAAAAGUCCCAUUGAGCAAAAGAGGAGCCAGGCAUCAUGCCUACGGAACGAACGCUGCCUUGUGUUAUGUUUGCUGAAUGUAGGUUUCUAGCAUUUCACAGGUGUUUGUCGUCUCUAGGCAAUUCUGUGAUGUUUAAUCGGUUAGCUGGGAAAGCUAAUGAUAAAUUUUGAUUAUAGAACUUAAAUUAUAUUGAUUUUUUAUCACGGAAAUGUCUCAACAAGUUUGUAUAAGUCGUCAGGAUGGCCGAGCGGUCUAAGGCGCUGCGUUCAGGUCGCAGUCUCCCCUGGAGGCGUGGGUUCGAAUCCCACUUCUGACAGACACUUUCUUUUUCCCCACAUCUUUGCGAAUCUUAAUGUUACAAACAUCUCGGUUUUUCGGCACUUGCGCAAUGACGACAGAGUCAGCCACAGCCGUCUUUAUAGGGUGUUGGAGCUGGCGGCUACUAGCGAGCGAGACCUGAACACCGUGAAUGAAACGCAACAACUUUUAAUUAACAACUGAAACGUAAAAUUAAUUUUGGAAUACAAUUUUGCAUUAGCAGACAUUUUUAUGCGGCAGUGCUGCGUUCAAUGAGUAAAAGAAUUUCCAUUUUCAGUAGAGUUUACGGAGUGAAGGCACAUGUAGCUAAUUCAUUAGCACAUUUUUUCAUUUUAAACUAUUAUUAUAUAUUAAAAAAAAAAGUUAAAUCGAUAGAAAGCUGUAAGUGUUAUAGUGUAUUGCUAAUGAAAAAAAUGCAGUAAAUUCUUUUAAUUAUUGUUAUAAAUAUUAAUUUUACACUCAAAACAUAAAUCUGUUAUUUGUUGCAAACCUAUGUGUGCUUUUAAAUAGUUACAGUGCUGGAUAUGAUCUAUUGCACUGUGAAGCAUUGAUUAUUGGUGGUAGGGUACAAAAACAACACCUCAAGAAGAGAGAAAUCUGCACUUAACACUUAAAAUAAAAGCCUUAACAUCUUCAGAGAGAGAAAACUGCGCAGGGAUUACCACAGCAGGAAGUCUAAAUUAGCAUUCUCCAGAGGUUUUGUGUAAGUACCGCAACAGGAUUUGUCCAGAGUGGGUCUGCUACUGUAGGAUUCUGUAAAUGUGCUUUGAGUCUAAAUAUGUGAGCAAGGCUGCUUCUCUUGGCUAUAUUUAUACUCCGUCCCUGUGAUCCUCACUGUGACCUCAUCACGACCUGUAAAGGUUGGAGAGUGAACUGAGGCCAGGGCCGUCUCGACACUCAUUAUCAUGAGAUUGGCACAGGUUGUUAAUCGUAUAUAGAUUGAACUCUACUGACAAAGGCUGAUGUCCUUAUACCUUCUCUCAGUUAACUUAAUGUAUCACCUCUUCAUAUUGACAGGGUUUGUCAGGUGACCUAUUCAAGCACGUUACUGUUCGCCUCAAGCAUGAAGGACAGAAGAGAUGCUGAUGAAUAAGUGAAAUUGAAAGCUUUUAUAUUCUAGUAAGUGGUUUUUGAAGUUCCUGGAAAUCAGUACCAUUUGACUUCAAUAAGAGAUGUAUGAGUCUGUUUUUAAGAGAAUGUGUUUAAAAUGUUCAAACUAAGUCAGAUAGUAUGCCUACCAUGGAUUUUAGUCUUCCUAUCUUGCCACUGAAAAUUAUUUGUUUUGACCUCAGAUCUUUCAGCAUAACUGGUAUGCAGUCACGUCACAACGGCUGUAUAGACUGUCAUUGCACUUUUUCAGCGAGGGUAUUGACUCAAGCUUUCUCUCAAGUUAAAACCUUGAUGCUUUACCCUUUGAAAAACUACAGUAAUUUAUCAAGGCCUCAGCUCUCUUCGUGUUUGGCUUUCAUAGGACUGUGACUAUACAUACCAGGACUCCUGCUGCACAGCAGGUUGCAAGCUAAUUGAACCUGGUAUUUUAGCUGCUGCCAGGAGAGGGGGAGGGCUAAGCCUGGGCAUCAGAACACACGUGCAAGCUUGACGGAUGUUGGCCUUGUCAUGGUGUCCUACUCUGACCGGAUCCAAACUGCAUCCGCAUGUCGGAUGCUAAACAGCUGAAGGCCUGCUAAUCAUAUUUAACCCAAAUUAAUGCGGACUAUAGUUUUUCUUGGUAAUGAUUUCUUUGUGGUGUUUAAACUGAGAGGCUGGCGGUGAGAGGUACAGGUUGCUCCACUCACCUUAAAAGUCCAGGAGCACUCUGGGAAAAAAGAUUUAGGCAUUUCAUGAAAAGAUAAAUCACAUCUGCAACGAUUCUUCUCAGGUCUAAGUGGUGCAAUCUCUCUCUGAUUUGAGAAGAAGUGAUGGGAGGUUCCUUCCCUGCACAGGAAAGGCCUCGGUCAAGAUGACUAAACCCCUUUCUCAGCAGUUCUGUGGAGUCACUCACUCACCGUCAUGACUCAGCAGGAGGGUCUUUCUCCUGUUUUCUCCCAUGAGUCAGGAUGCAAUAAAUCUGCCCCACCACGACCUAUCAAGCUCCUUAAGACCACAGACAGAUGGCAGCAUGAGGACUUGCCCUGCAGUGUGUGAUGUGCGUGUGUUUGUGUGUGUGUUUAUGUCCAAAGACUUUGUGGGAGUGGGUGCUCCUGUGAUGAAGCACUUCUUGAAACUCUCUGCAUCACAGGGAGGGAUCGGCCGGCCGUCUGUAAGCCUCUGAUAAGGGUUACCCCUCACGUACUCUGGCAGUUCCUUUGUCCUUGAAAAGAGCAAGCUGACCCCCGCUGAUCUCCAAACAAGGAGAGAGCCGUCUCAAAAUAGAUCCUCACACUUCGACCUUUCACACGUAAUAAGUGCCUCAUGUGAAGCAUAUCUGAUGGGAUGUUUUAGGCCCUGUGAUCAUUUCACAUGUACUGUGACAACAAUCUGUCAGGAGACUUUACCAGCAGGCAGCAGGAUUUGAGUCACCCAGUUAGACUUUUGUUAGGAUUACAGUGCCAUGGACAGAUCGUAGCUGGUUUAACUGAUGCCAUGCAUCUGUUAUUAUCAUCUGUUGUUAUUUUAUUAUCAUUGUUGAUAUCGUUUUUUAUUUUUACUAUCCUGUUUCCACUUUUGAACCCCCUUUUAAUCGCAUUUUCUUUUUUCUUAAUUAUUUUAUGUUUUUAUUUUGGUCCUCAUAGUCUCAUUUUAUGUUGCAUGGUUCUUGUAUUGUCUGGGUUCCUUAUGACAUUGAAAUGGCCUUCAGUUCUGUUUUAACUAAGCGUUUUGUUUUUAUCUGUCUUUUUCCAUGUGCUUUAUGGCUAUAUGUCAAAGCACUUUGUAAACUUCUCUUUUUAAAAGUGCUACACAAAUAAAACUUUUAUUAUUAUUAUUACAAUUAUCUUUGAAGAUUUAACAGAUCAUGAUUGCAGAAAAGCUGAUAUCACAAAUCAUAUUCUUCUUAAUUUUGUUCGUGUUUUCCAGCAGGUGACUUAAGGUGGCUUGAAGGGAUUAAGUAAGACCUGUAAACACUGGAGUUUUUGAGUUCUUUUUAUAGGCAACAGCAUGUUACAGAGAUUGACUGUAUACUGAAGCACAGCUUUGGUCAAUUUUUGAACGCAAAGUUUUUGAUUUUUGUGUCCCUGAAAAUCAAAAACAGACAGUCUGAGAAACAAGGGGACAUCUAAAAUUAGAAAUGCAUAAUCCAUAGCCAAAAAUACUGAAAACAAACAAAAAAGACAUUUCAGUAAAGAAUAAUUCCUGCAAAUCAAACAACUUCAUUAAAAAAAGAAAUCUAUGGCUUUACAUAGUUUAAAAUCUAUCCCAAGCACCGUCCCUAUUAAUAAUCGUUUAGAAAUAAAAUAAGUCAUAUUUGAGCAUCUCAUUUUUGACCAAUCUAUUCUAACAAUAAGUCAACUUGAUUGACAAUAAACAUCAUUACUUUGCACUUGUUGUCAGUUCUCAUGCAGGUAUAAUAAAUAAACUAGUAACCCUUCUUGUAUGUAGUUUUAUAGACAAAAUCAAAAGCUGCAUCCUUGUGAGGGUGACAGAGGACAAAGGGGGCAGAUAAAGACAGGACCAUUAUGCCUCGUCAUUGUCAUCGAGCCUUCAGCUGCCUUCUUGAAACGUGUUUAACUCCCUUUAUGCAAUGCUGAGGUCCAAGUCAUGUGUCCAAAGCCUCAGCAGAUUUCAGUCCAAUCUCAGAGUGAUUAGCAAGGCUUUUCAUUCUAUCCUUAGCUUCCCAUGGAUGUGAUUAGCAGGUAGGCCCGCUUCUGGAGGGAGGCUUUUGAACUGGUUUCUUGUUCUCUCUGCGUGCAGGAGCUUCUGUGUUUCUUGUGGAGUUUACAUCGUAACACUGGGGCUUUGGAGCUACUUUCUGUCAGAUUUGGUCCUUUUAUGAUGAUGGAUCAUGUGAGUAUAUGCUCUUGAUGUAUAUUCUCAAACUUUGGCUGAACUGCUUUAACUUGCAUUUGUUAUCCCAGAGGCUGUACUUCAAAAAUGAAGAUUUUAGAAUUUGCACAAAGAAAGGAAGCAAUAAUCCUUGUUUAACUGGAUGAACUCAGGCUGGCCUGUAUGCAGGAUGUGAUUUUUAUUUUCCUUGUUUGAACUUUUCUGAGAUCCUCAGUUGCUGAAUAUGACACCUUAGGGAUAAAGAGCAUUAUUCUAAGAGACCAAGGCCACAUAUGUUUCCUGGUCGAGGUGAAUAAAGAAAAUACUUUUUUGCUCCAUCAAAGAUCCAAAAGCAACUGUGCAGAAUAAAAUAAUGCUCUCUUCUGCUAUGCUUCUGAAUAUCAGCAAAUGAGCCACAUGAGAACUAGGGUGGAAAUGACCUCUGCAUGUUUUCUUAGUCUUGCAUGCAAUAUUCACAUCCAUGCACCUUAUUAUUUAGUAUUUUAAUCAUAAUCUAUACUGCGUUAUCUGCAACACCACUAAAUACUCUGCUAACUUCAAAUCUACUAAUAUAUGAGUUUGGGAAACCAUACAUUUGUGUUAAAUUUGAUGUUAUGUUUGGGUUUGUUCCUGCAGGAGAACACAAAUCAUGUCUCAAAAUAAUAAUACAACUAAUAUACAUCAGAAUCUCUGGGUUCAUAGGGUUGGCCUGCAUAAUCCUGGAUUAUGGAGGGCGUAAACACAUUUCUCUUCAGGUUGUAUAUUCUUAGAGAAUCAAAACAGUGUUUGGGCUAAAAAUAGAAAUACUGUCGAUUCAACCUAAAGACUUGAUAGCUUGAGGUUGGCACUCCAUGCACACCAUUAUUUACAAGAAUCUAUCACAAUUUCCUGCCAAAAUCUGCAGCUAGCAGAAACACUUGCCGCUUUAGUCGACGUGUGCGGCGCAGCUAAUACAAGCACAAGGACAACGGCCAAACCUGUUCUUUGUAUGUGUCAGUCAAGCUUAGCCCGAUUUUGAGUCAUCGAAUUUGACUCAUUCUUAUGAAUUUUUAAAAAAUCUUUUUCGUUGUGUUUCAAACUGGGCUUGCGUCCUUUUCCAUCAUCACACAACAAUGACUUAUCUUUGCUUGCUGCUGUGUUGUCACAGCAAGAAUACAUUGUGCUUAUUGCAGAUAUUGCUUUUUAUAGGUAAUCCUUGCAUUAUUGAGAGCAGGGAAAACUGGCUGAGGUUGUAUUGUGGUUGAAUAUGUUCUUCAGCAACAAUCACUGGGGUGAUGUCCACUUUCACACCUCAUACAGACUUAAGCUUGUUAUUUAAAGUCACUUGGGGAUUUAUUUGUGGUUUUAUCCUCUUUAUCCCUGUCUUCAUUUACUCUUUGAUCUCUGGAGCUGUCUGUACAUACAGUUUUCAACAUCACUGUCAUGUGUCCCCCUUAAAACUGUUCAGUAAGACAUCAGCAACACUGACUGAUAGCAGUAUUCACUGUGAAUGCAUUUACAUGAAGUCUGCAUUUAUUUAUCUGCAUGUUAAAAAGGGAACAAACUGCAUAUAACAAAUGAAGAAAAAGAGUAAAGAUUCAAUCUGAGAGGUGUUUUGCAUUGGUUAGCAUCUGACCAAAUAUCACCAAAUAAAUGAUCCCAAGGGUUAAUGUCUCAAAAGAUUCCCAGAAGACAGUGCUAGGCUGCUUACAACCACGGCCAAAAGCGAUUCUUUGCAGGGAUUUUCGGUUCAGAUGAGCCUGAUGUAAACCCCGAUCAAACAUGUUUACACAUUGCCUUAGACUUAAAGACUUUAGAAAGGGCGGUGCUGGUUUACUAAGAAAAGAUCAAGUACAGACAAAAGUGCUGGAGAAAACCGCGUUUGCACCCAGAUUAGCUGAUAUAAGAAGUUGCGGGUUAUAAAAGGGGCUUUCUGUCAUGUUUUUGCAGUUUGCAUUUUACUCAGCAGGUUAAACUGUGUUCAUUUUUAUUACCUUGUAUUUUCAUAUCUCCUGCAGCCUAGGAUGGAUAGGAGCCAUGCAGAUGUGCAGUGCGAGCAGAAGAAGCAUGAUUCCCCAAUGCUGCUGUUUGCCUGAGCUCACCUGCCAUCUUCGUCUGCUCAUGUGAGACCAGCUUUCAUCCAGAGCAGAGGGACAACCACCUGUAAAACAUGUCCUCCCACAAGCGUAACUUCCAGUGCUUCAAUGCUUUAGGGAAUGAAGGCUCCCAUAAGUCUCCUCUUCACUUCAAACACACCACCCGCCUGCCCAGGAUUUCCCAUCAUGGCAUGGUGGCCCACCAGAACCCUCUGGAGGAAUGCUACCUUUGUACUCAGUAUAGACAUGCCAAGGCCCUGGAGGCUUUAGAGACCCAGGUCACCCCUUUUUGUCACACUCACAGUCCAUACCACCACCAUCUCCCACAGGAGUAUGUCCUCAGGAGACCCACCAGGCCAGAGGAGCAUUCAGGCCAUGAGCAUCACAUUCAUCACAGCAGGCACAAGAGGGUGGUUCUGGUGAAGAACAGCGACCCAGCGUUCAAGAGGACUAUCGUCCUGCACCACAGGAGCCUACGCAGUUUUGGGCUUUUCUUGGAGGAGGUUUCUGAGCUUAUGCAAUACCACGUCAGGAAGCUGUACACUCUGGAGGGCCGCAAGGUGAGGUCUCUAACACCUGAAAUCAAAGACGGGAGGAGAUAUGUCCAGUUUGAUGUAAAUGCUUUCAAGAUAUUUACUCACGCAUCCUUCAGAGAGGUUUUUCAAUCUGUUCAGGAAACCUCUUUUAACAGCAGGGAGUUAGGAAUAAAACAAGAACUUUAUUUAUCAGUAAUACUGCAGUGUCCUCUUAAAUACCUUUAAAACCUAAAAGGAUGGAUGAAUUUGAAAUUGAGAUCAGUACCACAGUUUAAGAGUUGUUUUAAAAAAACUGCUGAGGAAUAUGGCAUUUGAGUGUUGAAACAUGUUGUUGUGCUUCAGAUUUAAAAAAAAAGAGAGAGAGAGAAAGAGAGGCCUCUAGUGACAGGAAUGGUUUUGAUCUAAAUCCUCAAAGCUUUGGCAACUGUCAGCCUGACUACAGACACGCAAUUAAAAUGAGCAGAUUUUGAUCUUUUGAUGUGCAAAAAAAUUAGACAUGCCAUGUUGAGCUCAACCUCACACUAGAAUAUCAAUCUAUCACAUAGGUACCAUCUUCAUCUUUAUACUAAAACUAACAUGUAGCUAAAAGUGGGGGUUGAACUAUUUGCUGUAUCGUGAAAAACACAUCUUUGCUCCAUUAAAAAUCACUCAAUGUUUAGUGGACCUAAACAUAUAUAAGUAAAACAAACUGUUUGCUGGAAUAAAUCAGGACUUUGGGAGUGAAGGGAUAUGGGAAGGGCUUACCUUUAUUUAUUUUUGCAGUAAGCAUACAGAUACAUUUACUCAAAUCCUAUAGCAUCUGUAAGCUAAGAUGUAUUUGUGUUUGCAAAGAUUCAUUUACCAGCAUUAUUAACAUGCUUUAUACAUUUUUAAAAUACCUAAACAGUAUAUAUGCUCAUAUAAUGUACUUUUCAGUCUUCGAGCUCUCUGUAGUUUGUUUUAUUUCAGGUCUAGUGGGACAAAUAUUUUGAGUCUGUGCAUGAGGGAAUAAAACAGGGAUAUUCCUUUACACACAUAUUUAGCUCGUGGUAUCUCUCCAAACCUCCAUUAAUCUUGGUCAAAUCAGAGCUAUUUCUGAGAGAGGAAAAACAGGUCAAUGUUGAAACUCCACUCUCUACUCUUUGAUACAAGAGGUGUCUUAGAAAUGUGUCUUCCACAGAGGCAAUUAAUAACCUUCACGGGUUCGCUGUGUGACCAGAGAUGAAGCCAUUCAUCUGCUUUUAUCUGAAACUGAAAACUGUGCUCUCAUCAAAGUGACUUCCAUACGCAAAUAAAAUCACCAGACAAGCCUCAAUGAGUAAAAUGAGCAAUCUGAGAACUAAAACCUUAUGUUACUAAAACUCAACAGAAAAAUCCUUUAAAGCUAACAGUAAAAAACUUUCAGCUAUAUCUUUUUUUAGAUGUAUGUAAAUGUGGAAUACCUUUAAAAAGAGUUAAUACCUUUAUUAGGUCCUCUUAUGGGAUUUGAGGUGUAACAGGUCUGUACAAACUUGAUGCCCCCGGGAAGGCGUUCAGCAGGCUUAUCUCUUUUAGAAUAAGUGAUUUAGAAAAAGAUGAUAAUUUGUAGGGGUGGGAAUCACCAGUGACGCCACGAUAUGAUAUUAUCACGAUACUUGGGCCACGAUACGAAAUUAUUGCCAUUUACUAACAUUUUGCAAUACAGUGAGUAUUGUGAUACAAUAUAUUGCGAUCUAUACAAUUUUUAAAAAAGUUUAGCUAAUUUAGCAUUUGUCUUUCCUUUAUCAUUGUCUUAUUUACGCUGUAUUUAUUUUCAUGUAGCACAUCUUGCAAACCUUACGUAUCAGGUCUGUCUCAUUUGUGCCCUGCUUGCAUUCCUAAUGUCUUUCCUUAGGUGCUGCUAUAUUUGUUGCACUAACUUUCUCCUGCUCUAUGAUGUCACCUCUGCCGACCUCACUGGACAAACAGUUGAUUUUAUUUUUCUAUUAUCAUAGAUUUGACUUUAUUAGCAAUUCAUUUAAAAGAAAACAAUACUUAGUGAGACCAUACGAUAUAUCACCAGACAGAAUAUCGUGAUACUUUUUUUCUCCCACCCCUAAUAAUUUGCCUGAUUUUAGUCUUAUUUACCUAAAAGAUAUAAAGAGGGGAUCAGCAUGUCUAUUGAGAAUCUAAACUGUAAGAGAAACCCUCAGUUAAAGAAAAAAAAAAGAAAACCUUUUCUGUUUUUACGCUGCUCUUCUUAACAUUUAAUCUCUGAGAGUGACACGCCUGAAAAACUGCUGAUCAAUGGCAGUGACAGUGGCAGCUCAAUAUUUUAAGAGUGCACUGUCAUCUGUCAACUCCCCUGAGAUCAUCCUGGAUUAGUAUAUUUAUCUUGUUGUGACUCCCUGCUGAACUCACAGCCUUCUGUUGCAGGAUUUAGAGCACGGAGCUGCACGAAAGAGGGAACUAGGCCUAGACUCAAAGCAUUUCUGAAAUACUUUCUUCCUUAAAUGUUUACUCUAUCUUUAUACUUUCCAUUGUCAUCGAUGUAAAAUAGAGACCUGACAAACUUGACUACAUCAGACCAACAAUUUCAGCUCGUACAACUACUCACUGGAGCAUUUGAGUUCCUUACUGGAGUAUUUAUGACCUGUCACCCAUUUUUAUCAAUGUUAACUGAGCUGUUGGGUUAAAAAAUAAGCUUGAACUGAUAUACAUUUACAUUUAUAGAAAAGAUUCUUGCUGGAGUUUAGAUUAGAGAUUGGACAAUGUAUCUCGCUCCUGAAUCCUGAUAUAAAUUAUCCUUUCAAGUUUCAGUUGUUACAAAUGUUAAUAUCUUAAUUCAAAAUUAACAUGCCUUUCAAACAGAUUCCAGACAGAUAAAGAACCAGCUCUAUCCCACUUUUGGAAACUUCACAUGUUCACGGCAUGUCAACCAUCCUGUUUUAUGCCUACCAUCACUCUGCCUAUUAAAGGGAUAGUCCAGCGUAAAUUUAAGUUAUGGUCAAACACAUCGUAACACCAAGUGAGACACCACUUCAAGAGAUGAAUGUUGCUGACUGCUUCCUUCUCUGGUCAUGCCAGCUUAAAUAACGCCUGCAAGUUAGUGAUACUGUGAUCUACAUCUCCACACGCAAACCUCAAGCCAAUAGCCACAAAUAAUGCUCAGAACAGCACCUAACUUCAUCAAUAGUACAUAUAGGGUCCCAGCCAUAGUACUAGCCAUCAAACAUCUUGCCUGGUUUCUUAAGCAAAGAGACCAAAGAGAACUCACCCACGCUCCUCCAGCAGCCGCUUGUUUGAGGGGGAGCCCUGACGAGUUGAUCACUGAGUGCAGUGGAUCAUUUCCAUGAAGUAAUAACCAUCAUAAUAAUCAUUUUGCACUGCAGACGUGGUAGUUCUUCUUCCUCAGCAUCUUGGUCUGAUUGCAUUUCCAUGAAGUAAUAAUGAAAAAUGCACCCUCCUGCACUCGGUGAUCGACUUGUGCGAGCAUUAUUUGUGGCUACAGAGUGGCUUUUUGGUUGAGGUUUGCAUGUAGAGACAUAGACCACAGUAUUACUAUAGAGCGGUCGUUGCUGAAGUUAAUACAACUAAGGAAGCAGUCAGCAACAUUCUGUGUUUGACCAUAACUUAAAUUUAAGCCGGAAUAUACCAUUAACUUGAAUUUAUCCUUACCUUGUCUUUGUUAUACUUUCUGUUCUUCUGUUUCAGAUUGACAACUUUCAGAGUCUAAUUCAGUGCCCCAGUUUCAUUGUCUGUGUGGGACGUGAGCCCUCCCAUUCCUCUAUUGUUGACAGUUUUCGGAAAACAUCUGAAGACAAACUCCCAAAGCUGAGGGCACGAAUCACAAGCAGCAACGAUGGCCACCAGGGUAUGAUGAUCUGCAUUUGAAACCAAAAGCACUUUACUUCUAAAUGGAUCAGUCAUAGACAAUUUAAUUGUCCUACAGAUUAAGCAACGAUACUAAUUUCACCUUUUUCUCUCUUACUCUGAUCUUGAUGGCAAACCAAGAACCACCAACAAGUAAAAGUGUCGUCAGUCCCAAAGAGGAAUCCCUCUGUGGAUCUACCAGGCAUUCAGUAGCAUCUGAAAAGUCUUUACUGGAGGGCACCAACUCACCAGAUAAUGUGGACUCUGGCCAGUUCACUGGUGAUGGAAUAACGGGGGAUGAUAUCGAGAAGCGGGUCCGAGUUAAUGAAGAUGGCAGUUUGUCUAUGGAAAUGAAAGUACGCUUCCGCUUACAAAACGACGACACAUUACAUUGGUCCACACAGGUUCGGAAGACCACAAACAGAUGCGAUAACCACCAAGGACACAUCACUCCUUGUUUUGCACAAGUUAGUGAUAGGAGCUGCACAGAAUCUGAAAAUGUCUCAGCCGAUGAACAAGACGAGGCUUACAUCCACAGACACUUCCAAAAGCAUGUGGAGGAGGCUCAUUGUCCUCAGUGCUGCAGUCACUGUCAGGAUUAUGAGAUCUGGAAAAACAUCAAAGGUGCACAGGGAUCAAGUCGGCGCAUUAGAACUUCGAGCUCGAGCGCAUCCUCACAUACAGUGAUCUCUCGGAAGACAGUGGUGCAACGGGAAACUACAUCCAGGUCUAGUGAAGACAACGCUGGAGAAGAGACUUGUGAGAAGCAAACUGUUGAGGCAGCUGAAACUAUAGAGUACUGCACUAUCAGGAGUGAGACCUGCUCACCAAAAUGCAAGGCACCAUCCCCCGCACUGGACAACUCUGAAGUGUGUGUUGAUGAUUCUCAAAAUGAUCAGGCCAUUGACCAAACUGCUCCAACACUGGAGCAAGUAGAACAAAAAGAGUCUGCUCUUUCUCCUUCUUCUCAAGUUUUAGCUGAGCCUGAGGAGGAUCAAAAUGAAGUUGUUUCCAGGGCAUCUUCUCAGAACAAUGAACCUGAAAAAGAAGAGACGGGGGAAAGUGCGGAGUUGGAAACAGGGUCGCCACUGCGCCAAUCACCCCUGAGUCCAACUGAUAAGGCAUCAAACGCCUCAGGGGGCUCAAGCAAGUCAAGAAGAUCAAAAAAAUCCCACAGCUGUCGUUGUGGAGUGCCCAGUGAUCCUGAGGGGAAUAAGAAAGGGGACACUGACGCUGAGGUUGAACAGGAACAUGAGAUACAAAGAGAUCAAUCAAGUGCCAUGUCUGUAAAGUCGAAUGCAUCCAGCAGAUCAAACAAGUCUAAGGACAUAGAGAUAACAAACUCUGAAGAUAUAGAGGAGAAAAGAUCCCAAAGUGCCAUGUCUGUUCAUUCAAAUGCCUCCAUGAAAUCUCAAUCUGAUGCUACAGCUGAAGAGUCACAAGCACAUGACGACAAAGAGACACAAGAAAGGCCAUCAAGUAGCAUGACUGUCAAAUCAACGAAAUCUGAGAAAUCUGUUAAGUCAGAGGCGGCAGCUGAACAACAAGAACCAGAGGAGAGUGUCGUUGAAGAAAGAGUCAUAAGCUCUUUGUCGUCAAGAUCCAAAACCUCAGUUAGAUCGAAGGGAUCAGGUGUGUCCUCUCCCCCAGAUAAAGAGCAAGAAGAGGAGGAAACUGAGGAAAGGACAUCCAGCCCAAUUUCAGCUACAUCAACACCUGCACAGGAGAGCACGCAGGAUCCGGCUGACGAGAGUGAGAAAGAAGCAGAAGAGAGAGCACAAAGCUCAUUCUCAGUAAAGUCUAAAGCUUCUGUAAAAUCCAACAAGUCCGCUGCUUCUGAAUCUCCACCUCAAGAAAACUGCGAGGAAAAAAGUCAAGUAUCAGAGUCUCAAAGUGCUGCCGAAAAUAUGGAGAAUGAAGAACCUGAAGAAUCUGGAGAAAGAGUGCCAAGUGUUAUGUCUUCAAAAUCCAAUGUCUCUGGAAGAUCUAAACAUUCAACCUCAGCCAAGCCUGAAGAUGAAGAAAACAAUGAGGAAGAUGCUGAACAGAGAGCAUCUAGUGCCAUGUCAGCAAAAUCAGCCAAGUCAAAAACCUCUGAAAUAGAAAUCCAACAACUCGAUGAUGAGGCGCAAGAAGUAGAUGCAAGAGCACCAAGUGCUUUGUCACAGGAAGCGACGUCAAAUAAAGCUGAGAGCGGAGAUGAGGCAAGGGAAACUGUGGAAAGACCCCCGAGUACUAAGUCAGUGAAAUCCAUCAAGUCCAAUACAUCUGCAAGGUCCAGAAAAUCAGAAAAAUCUAAUGCAUCUAAACAAUCAGUCGUGUCUCAUCAUUCAGCUAAGGAUGAAGAGGAAGUUGAAAACGAGGAAAGUGAAAGAGCAUCCAGUGCCAUGUCAGCCAAGUCAACCAAGUCAGAUGUCUCUGCAACAUCGCAAAAGUCAAACUGCACUGAACAAAUGAAAGAAAAUGCGGAAGAUGGAGAAGAACAAGUUGGGAGAGCAAGUAGUAAGGCAUCUGCAAGAUCCAGAAAAUCAACAAGGUCUGACGUCCGUGAUGGAGAUGAUGCAGAAAGUGAUGGGAGACCGCAAAGCAAACAGUCCAUCAAAUCAGAGAAGUCAAACAUUUCUGCAAAAUCCGGCAAAUCUAAAUCAUCAGAAAUCCCUCGUGAAAGUCAGGACAGCCACGGGGAUGGAAAUGAUGAAGAGCAAACUGAGGACAACACUGCAGGUUCCAAAGAUGAUGUUGAGGAAACGCCAGGCUCCUGUGAUAUUUCAGCUGAGGAAAACCCUGAUGAAACUGAAGCAAGAGCACCGAGCGCAAUGUCAGAAAAGUCAUGUAAGUCCAAAUCAUCUGCAGUGUCUCAUAAGUCAAAAGAGUCCAAAGUCAAAUCUGAGGAAAUGAAUGAUGAAGAGGACACUACAGAGAGACUAGAGAGUCAGAUGUCCAACUCAAACGCCUCCAUGGUAUCUACAAAAUCAAAAGUUUCUGAAGCUCCUCCUGAACAGGAUAAUGACAUCAGCGCUAAAGAAGAUACCAGUGAAAGAUCACCAAGCUGCAUGUCAGAGAAUUCCUGCAAAUCAAACUCUUCAGCGAAAUCUAACAAGUCAAAAUGUAGUGAUGGUUUGGCCAAAGAAGAUGAAUCUGAAAAUGAGGCAGAGAGGGUAUCUAGUGCAAUGUCAGCAAAAUCAGCCAAGUCAGCUGGGUCAGCAAAAUCAGCACAUUCAAAUGUUUCUGCCAAAUCGAAAACAUCAAACCGCAGCUGUGUGUUAGCUGAUGAAAAUACUGCAGAGCACACAGAAAAUGAAGAGAGAGCUCCCAGUAAAAUGUCAAACACAUCUGCUAAAUCUGCAAACUCAAAAACCUCUGCAAGAUCUGGAAAUUCAAGAGGGUCUGAUGGUCCCUCUGAAAACAGUGGGGAUGCUUCUGAAGAAGUCCUCGUUGAAGAGGAGACUGAAGCGAGAUCUAUGAGCUCUAUGUCAAUACGCUCAGUUCAGUCAGGUAUUUCCUUAAAAUCAAACAGGUCCAAAUGUUCAGCCCGAGUCCUCGAGGACAGCAAUGACAGCCCCACUGAUGUGAAUGACAGAGAGCAAACUGAAGAGCGAGCACCUAGUGCUGCCUCUGCUAAAUCAGCGAGAUCACAUGCUUCUGCAAAGUCAGCCAAAUCAGGAACUUCUGACGCUCACUCCAGCAAAGCGGCUGACAUCCCUGAUGAAGGCGAGGAUGAAGAGGAGACACAAGAGAGAACAACUAGUGCCAUGUCAUCCAAAACUGCACAGUCAUCAAAAUCUGCAAAAUCCACAAAGUCCAAAGAGCCUGAUUGUUCAGCUGAAGAAAAUGCAGCUGAUCACGAGGAAGAUGCAGAGAGGGCUCCCAGCAGUGCAUCAGUCAAAUCAGGAGUAUCCGCCACAUCCAAUCUCUCGAAGACCUCUAAAAAGUCCAAAGUUUCUGAAGUCCACUUGGAAGAUUCUGCUGAGUGUCCUGAAGAAAAUACUGCUAAGGAUGAGGGUGAUGAAAGACCUGCAACCCCAAAGUCAGAGCACUCAGUUCAGUCCAAUGUUUCUGCAUCAUCAAAUAAGUCUCAGUGUUCAGCUGAUGCUCCAGCAGAGGAGAACUUUGAGAGUCCUGAUGUAGGAGAUGAUGAAGAGCAAACUGAGGAGAGGGCACCUAGCUGCACAUCAGCUAAGUCAAUGAAGUCCCACGUAUCUGGAAUCUCGAUUAAGUCACAAGAGAGAGCUCCCAGUGCUGCGUCUGCUAAAUCAGCAAAGUCACAUGUGACUGCUAAAUCUAACAAAUCAGAGGCCUCCGAAGUUCAUUCUAGCAAUACUGCAGACAUUCCUGAUGAGGAAGAUCCUGGGGAGGGGACCGAAGCAAGAACAUCCAGCCCUUUAUCAGUUAAAUCAGCAAAGUCACACAAAUCUGCAAAAUCUGUCAAAUCAAAGGCCUCUGAAGUCUGCUCUGAUAGAGUGAGUCCUACUCCUGAUGUGGGAGAUGAUCAGGAACAAACUGAGGAGAGAGCACCGAGUGCAACUUCAGGAAAAUCUGAACGGUCAACAGGCUCUGCAAAAUCUUCCAAGUCAAAAGAGCCUGACAAUCCAGAGGAGGAAGAUACAGCUGAUCAGGGGGAGAGGGCUCCUAGUACUGCAUCAAUCAAAUCUGUGAAAUCUAUGAAAUCUAAUGUUUCAACAAGGUCUAAAAGAUCCAGGGUGUCUGAGGUCCCCGUAGAAGAUGGUGCUGACAAUACUGAGGAAAACCAAAAUGAGGGUGAAGCUGAAGAGAGAGCAGUGAGCUCAAUGUCAGCUAAAUCAAAGAAGUCUAAUGUUUCUGCAUCAUCAAGGAAGUCUCAAUGUUCUGCUGCUGAUGACGAACCUGCUGAAGAAAGGUCUAGGGCACCUGAUGAGGAGGAUAACAUCGAGCAAACAGAGGAAAGACCACCAAGCUGCACAUCAGCCAAAUCAGCCAAGUCCAAUGUUUCUGGAAUCUCUAUUAAGUCACAGGAGAGAGCACUAAGUGCUGCAUCUACUAAAUCUACCAAGUCAUAUGUUUCUGCUAAAUCUGCUAAAUCACACAUUUCUGCUAAAUCAGUUAAGUCAGGAGCUUCUGAAGUUUGUCCUGAUGAAACUUCAGAUAUUCCCGAUGGUGAAGAUGCUGAGGAGGCAACUGAAGAAAGAACACAAAGUGCUUUGUCAGUCAAAUCAGCAAAAUCGCAUGCAUCUUCAAAAUCUGUCAAGUCAAAUGCCUCUGAUAAAGCUGCAUCUUCAACUCAUGAAGAAGAUGACGUACAGGAAACAGAGGAGAGAGCUGCAAGUGUCAUGUCAUCAAAAACUGGAAGGUCAGCCAGUUCUGCUAAAUCCACUAAGUCCAAAGGGCCUGACAGUCCAGAGGAAGGAGAUACAGCUGAUCAGGAAGCUGAUGCAGAGAGGGCUCCAAGUAAUUUGUCAGUCAGAUCAGGCAAAUCAGUGAAAUCCAAUGUCUCUAAGACAUCAAGACGGUCGAAUAUUUCUGAAAUUCCCUCGGAAAACUGUGCUGACAAUACUGAAGAGAACAAAGAUGAGGGUGAAGCUGAAGAGAGAGCAGAGAGCCCAAUGUCAGCCAAAUCCAAGAAGUCAAAUGUUUCUGCAUCAUCAAAAAGAUCUGGAAAAGAUGAGGAAAGCUCUGAGAAACCCGAUGAGGGCGGUGAGAAUGAGCAAACUGAAGAAAGACCACCGAGCUGCACUUCAGCCAAAUCUGCCAAGUCUCAUGUUUCUGGAGUGUCUACAAAGUCACAAGAAAGGGCACAGAGUGCUGCCUCUUCUAAAUCAGCAAGAUCACAUGCUUCUGCAAAGUCAGCCAAAUCAGGAACUUCUGAAGCUCGCUCUAACAAAGCGGCUGACAUCCCUGAUGAAGGCGAGGAUGAAGAGGAGGCACAAGAGAGAACAACUAGCGCCAUGUCAUCCAAAACUGCACAGUCAUCAAAAUCUGCUAAAUCCACAAAGUCCAAAGAGCCUGAUUGUUCAGCUGAAGAAAACGCAGCUGAUCAUGAGGCAGAUGCAGAAAAAGCUCCCAGUGAUGUGUCUGUCCAAUCAGCAGAAUCUGAGAAAUCAGUAACCUCUGACACCGGUUCACAAGACAUUCCUGCUGAGGAAGCAAAUAAAGAGGAGCAAAACCAAAGCAGACCAGCUAGUUCAAAGUCAGCUCAUUCAGUUAAGUCAAAUGUUUCUGCAAGAUCAAGACAGUCAAAUGCUUCUAAAGAGCCGCCUAAUUCAAGCCCUGCUGAUGGUGAGAAUGAAGAUGAGGACACUCAAAAUAGGGCAGAAAGUGCAUCAUCUCUGCGGUCAGCUACUUCUGUUAAAUCUAAAAAGUCAAAAUGCUCUGAUACUGCAGCUGAGGAAUGCCCGAAUGGAGAAAAUGAUGAAGAGCAAGCUGAAGAAAGAGCAUCCAGCCCCAAAUCAGUCAAAUCAACACAGUCUCACAUUUCUGAAAAAUCUAUAAAGUCACAAACCUCUGAUGCUAUCGCUGAUGACGUGGCUGAACAGGAAGAACCUUCAGAAAGAGCCUCUAGUGCCUUGUCAGCUGUAUCAGAAAAAUCACAUGCCUCAGCACAGUCCAGAAAAUCCAAUCACUCUGAGAGAAACAAUGAAGAAGAAACUCAAGAGAGAGCACAAAGUGCAGUGUCAGCCAAAUCUACACAGUCAGCCACAUCAGCAAAAUCAAAGAAAUCCAAAGUUACAGAUGACGAGACUCAGGAAUGUGACGCAGAACAAGAUGAAGCGGCAGAGAGAACUGACAGUGCAAUGUCAGGUGCCUCCAAUGUGUCAGACGGAGAUGCUCAAGAAGUAAAGAGAACGCCAAGUUGUAUGUCCUUAAAAUCAGUCAAAUCAAAUAUAACAUCAAAAUCUGUGACUUUCAAACAGGAAAGUGCAGAGGACACCACAGAGCGAGUGUCAAGUGCAAUGUCUCAGAAAUCAAAUGCUUCAGGAAAUUCAGCUGAAGUUUUAGAGGCUGCUGACGGGAAUCAUGGUGAGGAAGAUCCUGAGGAGAGAUCGCCGAGUAACAUGUCUGCCAAAUCAGCAAAGUCAAAUACCUCGGCUUCAUCAAGGAAAAAAACAGUAAGCAAAGCUCCCUCAGAGGAGAGGUCUGCAAAUGAUGAAGAGGAAACUGAGCAGAGACCACCAAGCACCCUGUCAGCAAAAUCAGCCAAGUCAAUGAAGUCAAACUCAUCAGUGAAGUCUGGACAUUCAAAAGCCUCUGCUACCCCUGAAGAAAAUCCAGAGAAGCUGACAGAGCGGGCACCAAGCGCUACUUCAGUUAAAUCAGCAAGGUCAAACAAUUCAGCAGUAUCAAAGAAAUCAAAGACUUCUGAGGUACCCGCCAAUGAGGAUGCUAACGCAACUGAUGAGAACGGAGAAGAAGAUGCUGAGACUACAGCAGUGUCUGUAAAAUCAGAGAAGUCAAACAUGACAUCAGUAUCCAAGAAAUCUAAAGCAUCUCAAAGUUCUCAUCAUGUAGAAAAGGAAGAUAAUAGUGGAAAUGAAGGUGAUGAGAAAGCACCAAGUAUGAGGUCAACUCAAUCAGCAAAAUCAAAGGUGUCUAAGAAAUCAGGGAGGUCAAAGGUAUCUGAUCUCCCGACUGAUGAAAUGACACAGGAAAAGGAGGAGAGAACACCAAGUCCAGUGUCGGUGAAGUCCAGUCACUCUGAAAUGUCAAGCAGGUCUGAAGUCCCUGCAGUGACAGUUGAGGAGAUUGUUGACCGAUCACCAACUGCAAUGUCCUCAAAGUCUAAGGUUUCAGCACAUUCAAAGAGGUCAACAACUUCAGUGGCUCCAGAAAAAAACAUUGAUGCACGGUCACAUACUUCUUUGUCUGUCAAGUCCAAUCUGUCUACGAAAUCUCGAAAAUCAAAAGGGACUGAUGUUUCAACAAACGUAAAUGAGCACAAAGCCUCUGAUGUCUCGGCCGAGGACAGGGCCAGUAUUUGUGAGGAAUCUGUGAACCAUGACAACCAGAGCAAACCCACAGCAAGUUUGCUUUCAAAUGAGGAGGAACAGAUUGAUACACCUGGGAGGAGUCAUAGUUCUAAGACAGAAAAGUCAAGCAGGCAAGACACACAAAAUGCAGCCAAACCAAAGUCAAAUUCUGCUGUUUCAGAAACCUCUAAGAGUGCAGAUCAUCCAAAAGAGACUAAACAUCCUGGGAUUGGUCACACAGAGUCACAUGAAAGCGAUAUGUCCCAAACUCUGUCCAGUUCAGAUGUUCUCAAAGAGGUCGGUGAGAUUCAAGCCACCGGAGACAACAACGUGUCCAAGGCAAUGGUAAAUGGUCCACUCAAUGCUCCAGAAACUGGCGGGAGUGUCACUGAAAACAAAAGUGACAAAAGCAGCAAAUGCAAACACAAGGGCACAAAUGCUGAAGACUUAGAACUGGUACCUUCCAGCCUACCCAACGCAUCACCGACAGAGGUCGUGAAUGAAUGGCUCAAGACAAUACCAGCAGACAGUAAUAUGUACGAUGUGGAGGAGUUUCCUGAGAACUGUGACGGGCAAAAAAACUGCAACACAACAGAGGACACGAAUAGAGCGGAGGAUAAUGAAAACAGUGAAAAAAGUGUAGUUGAGAAUGUAAAAGACGCAACUGAAGUAGAUUUGACAGACUGUGUUAUCGGUGACGACUGCCAACAAAGCAAAGUGGCACCGAGUAUGGAGAACGACUGUCCCCGGAGAGAUGAUGCCUCAAAGAUUUUCAGCUCCUCCGUUCAGGUAAUGAAAGUACUUUUAAGUCCAAAGCUUGACAGAUGUAACAGUUUACCAGAGAUCUCUCAAGUGUAUGGGCGUAAACUAAGCACUUCAGCCAGAGGUCUUCUGGACUGCCUUGUGAAGCUGCAGUUAAUAGACCACAAUCCUGAAAAUGCAAAUGAAAAUAAUGAAAGGUAUCAGGAGCUCAUGAAUAUCCUCAAGUCUCUUUGGCUUUGUGAUCCUGCAGAACAGAAACAUGUGAUAAGGAAGAGCGAUCAUCAGUCUGUGGAUGGAGAUUUCAACCAUACUUCAUCAUCUGGUGUUGACGUCAACAGCGGCUCCACAGGCUCCGGAAAGAGCAGCGAUGGUGUGAAUGGGGAUGCAUCGAAACCACAUCCCAACACAGACGUGUUAAACAAAGUACAAGAAGUCCUUGAAGAAGAAGAAGCGGAUGAGGAUGCCCAAUGUACAUGUGAGAAAGAAAGUGAACUUAUCUGUGAAGAACAGCAAAAUGAUGAUGGUCCAGGUACAGAUGAGACCAUCAGAAGCAAUGAUAGCCCAAGAGAACUGCCUGAAACCCCGGCCUCUUCAAACAAGAGUUCAGGACAUGAUAGCAAAAGCCCAAAGCUACAGGAGGAGGCUGAAAUCCAAGAGAACACAAAGGCUGACUCACCUCCCCCCAUUGAAAGACCAGAGUUAACCAAAAGGAUUUCUCAAGAUCCUGAUCCAGUUUGGGUCUUACACUUGCUCACAAAAAUAGAAAAGCAGUUCAUGACUCAUUAUAUCAACGCAAUGAACGAGUUCAAAGUCCGCUGGAACUUGGACGAUAACGAGCAACUUGACAUGAUGAUAACUGAACUUAAGACCGAGGUCCAAAGAAGAAUCCAAACGAGUAUAAACAGAGAGCUGAGGAAAAUUCAAGGCCGAGCGGGUCUACCAAGACCUCCUAAAGAAGCCAUGACCCGUGCUUCAACAACACAAACUGAGGAGAGACGGCGGAGGCUGAAGGUUAUGCUUAAACAAUCAAUUGAUCCUCAAGACAAAAGUUCUGACUCAGCAACAGGCACGUCCUUUAGUGAUCAACGCAGUGAGAAUGAGGAUUACUGCCCAUGUGAAACAUGUGUCAAGAAAAAAAUGGCAUCCAGACUGGAUCCUGAAAUUAAGAGUACUGCACCUGUUAUGAUGGACUUUGACCUGAAGAGGGUUCUGCUGUUAAAGAAUGAAGUUCCUGACACUACAGAGGCAAUCGACUGUACAUCUCACUCUGGAAAUGGCAAAGGCACAAACCUAGUGGAAGCUCUUGUGCAAAAAGUGCUUAGUAAUGCUGUAAGACAGGUGGAAGAGGAUGAGCAGCAGUCUGAGACAAAGUGUGAUCUAGAAGAAGAUGAAAAAGAAGCACAUGAUGAGUGUCAGGACAAAGAAGAAGACAUUAUAGCUGAAGAAGAAGAACCAAUCAAAGAACUCUCUGAAGAAACAGCGGCUGAACAAACAGGAACAGAACUGCAUGUAGAUGAUAAAGAGGCUGAAGCUACAGAGAAGAAUGAUGCCACCAUCUCAUGUGAUAAAAGCAAGGGGAGUGAGGAGGAAGUUUCAGCAGAGGUUGAUGAGUUAAACGAAGAGGCUGGUGAAGCCAUAACGGCCACAGCUGAAGACAAGUCUGACAGAGACGAGGCUGUGGAAACCGGGACAGUUGAUGAGGAAGAAAAGAUUGCUGCCGCAGAUGAAAAAGAAACACAAGAAGAGGAAACUAUAGCAGAAGAUACUGCCGUGGGAACCUUAGCUGAACAUAAGUCAGACAAAGAUGAAGCUGUACAAGAUAUGGCAGAAUCUGAGAAGGAGGAGGAAGAGGUAGAGAUUGCUGCCGCCAUUGCAGACAAUGAUGACUCAGCUCCAGCUGAUGAAACACUGAUUGAAAAUAGGAUGACUGAAGAGAAAGAGAUAGAUGUCACCGAUGAAGAUGACGCAGGCAGAGACAUAACUAAGGAUGAACUUGUAUCAGCAGAGACUGCUUUGGCACCAAUGUCGGAACAUGAAUCAGAAAAAGAUGAGGCUGUAGAAGCAGAGGCAGUUGAUCAUGAGAAGGAGAUGGUUGAAACCGGUGAAGAAAAAAUAGAGGAAGAGGCUGCUGAAGCCACCACAGACAAAGAUGAUCUUGCUAGUAAACAUGAGUCUGAAAUGGAAGGACCAGCUGAUGAUAAGGAAGGACUGGCCCUUUCUGGUGAAGAUGAAUCUGCCAUUGAUAACAGUGACACAACAACAGCUGAGGAAGAGCAAACUGAAAGACAAACAUCUGAGGAUGAGAAGGCUGACACUGUAUGUGAGGAGGAGUCUAAAGAGGUUAGAGCUGAGGAUGAAGUUGUGGCAGACACAACUGAACAAGCAUCUGCACAUGAAUCGAUUCAUGAAUCUGAACAUGAAUCCGUUCAUGAAUCUGAACAUGAAUCUGUUCAUGAAUCUGAACAUGAAUCUGCGAAAGAAUCUGUUCAUGAAUCUGGGCAUGAAUCUGCACAUGAAUCCAAACAUGAAUCUGAACAUGAAUCUGCGAAAGAAUCUGCACAUGAAUCGAUUCAUGAAUCUGAACAUGAAUCUGUUCAUGAAUCUGAACAUGUAUCUGUUCAUGAAUCUGCACAUGAAUCUGAACAUGAAUCUGCGAAAGAAUCUGCACAUGAAUCUGCACAUGAAUCUGUUCAUGAAUCUGCACAUGAAUCUGCACAUGAAUCUGUUCAUGAAUCUGCGAAAGAAUCUGAACAUGAAUCUGAGCAUGAAUGCACACAUGAAUCUGCACUUGAAUCUGAGAAAGAAACUGUUCAUGAAUCUGAGCAUGAAUCUGCACAUGAAUCUGUUCAUGAAUCUGAGAAAGAAUCUGUUCAUGAAUCUGCACAUGAAUCUGCACAUGAAUCGGUUCAUGAAUCUGCACAUGAAUCUGUUCAUGAAUCCACACAUGAAUCUGCACAUGAAUCUGAGCAUAAAUCUGCACAUGAAUCCGAACAUGAAUCUGAGCAUGAAUCUGCACAUGAAUCUGCACAUGAAUCUGAGAAAGAAUCUGUUCAUGAAUCUGCACAUGAAUCUGCACAUGAACCCGAACAUGAAUCUGAACAUGAAUCUGAGCAUGAAUCUGCGAAAGAAUCUGUUCAUGAAUCUGCACAUGAAUCCGAACAUGAAUCCAAACAUGAAUCUGCACAUGAAUCUGCACAUGAAUCUGAGAAAGAAUCUGUUCAUGAAUCUGCACAUGAAUCUGAACAUGAAUCUGAACAUGAAUCUGAACAUGAAUCUGAACAUGAAUCUGAACAUGAAUCUGUGAAAGAAUCCGUUCAUGAAUCUGCACAUGAAUCUGUUCAUGAAUCUGAACAUGAAUCUGAACAUGAAUCUGUUCAUGAAUCUGCGAAAGAAUCUGUUCAUGAAUCUGCACAUGAAUCUGAACAUGAAUCUGAACAUGAAUCUGUUCAUGAAUCUGCGAAAGAAUCUGUUCAUGAAUCUGCACAUGAAUCCGAACAUGAAUCUGAACAUGAAUCUGAGCAUGAAUCUGCACAUGAAUCUGUGAAAGAAUCUGUUCAUGAAUCUGGGCAUGAAUCUGCACAUGAAUCCGAACAUGAAUCUGUGCAUGAAUCUGCACAUGAAUCUGAGAAAGAAUCUGUUCAUGAAUCUGCACAUGAAUCCGAACAGGAAUACGAACAUGAAUCUGUUCACGAAUCUGCAAAAGAAUCUGAACAUGAAUCUGCACAUGAAUCUGUUCAUGAAUCUGCACAUGAAUCCGGAAAUGAAUCUGAACAUGAAUCUGAGCAUGAAUCUGCAUGUGAAUCUGAGAAAGAAUCUGUUCAUGAAUCUGCACAUGAAUCUGCACAUGAAUCUGAGCAUGAAUCCAAACAUGAAUCUGCACAUGAGUCUGAGCAUGAAUCUGUUUAUGAAUCUGUGAAAGAAUCUGAGCAUGAAUCUGCACAUGAAUCCAAACAAGAAUCUGUUCAUGGAUCUGCACAUGAGUCUGAGCAUGAAGAUGACCUUAAAAAGGAAACUGAGCCAGUUGAAGCCACCACAGCUGAAGAAGACAAUGCAAAAGAGUCCACCCUAGCAGGUACAAGUGAAUGUGAUUCCAACAUAGAAGAAGCUGCUGAGGGAGAGACAAGCAUGGAUGAAGACAAGCUUGCCUCUAGCAGUGUGCUGGAGUCUGAAGAUGAGAGUAACACAGCCACAGCUGAAGACUCUUCAAAAGACGUGGCAGAUGAAGAGGAAUCAAAGGUUGAGAGUGCCGUAGCAGCCACGACUGAAAAUGAAUCUGAUGAAGAGGAAGCUGUGAAAUCAGGGAUGGUUCACAAUGACGAUGAGACUCCUCUUACCAGUGAUGAUGAUUCAACCCUAGCAGCAACAACAACAGAAGGUGAGACUGCAACAGAAAAAGAGAUGGAUGCUAUGAGUGGAAUUGAAUCAAAGGAAGAGCUGACAGAAGCAGCUGAGGUUGGAGAUGAAAAGGAGGAGGCUGAUGGGGCGGCAACAACUCAGAAUGAAUCUGGUGCUGAAGAGGCUGCAGAGCACGGUGCUGCCACAGAUGAUGAAACUGAAACUGCAGCCAGUGAGAUUGCAACAACAGCAGAGGAUGAAAGUGCUGUAGAAAAAGAGACUGCUGCCACCAGUACAGAUGGAGCUGGAGGUCAAAGUUCAGCAGAGGAUGGUGAUGCUGGAGAAGAAGAAGAAGCUGAAGAAGACACUGGUGCUGAUGAAUCUGAGACAGAUGGCAUAGAAACAACCGAGAAAGCAACAACUGAAGAUAAAGUGGCUGAAGAGAAGGAGAUUGCCGCCACCAGUGAAGGUGAAGCUGGAGAUAACAGUGCAGUAGGAGCAACAACUGAGCAUGAUCCUGAUAAUGAAGAAGUUACUAAAGACACUGCUGCUGAUGAGUCCAUGGCAAACGGUGUCGAUACAGUUGAGAAAGCAACAACGGUAGAAGAAGAAGCAAAUGAAGAGAAGGAGAUUGCUGCCGCCAACGAAGAUGAAGAACACAGUGCAGCAGAGGGAGCCGAUGAUGUAGCAACAACUGAGCAUGAAUCAGACUCUGAUGCUGAUGAGUCUGAGAUGGAUGCUGCAGAGACAACUGAAAAAGCAACAAGUGAAGAUGAAGCAGCUGAAGAUAAGGAGAUUUCCGCUAUUAGUGAAGAUGAAGGUGGAGAAAAUGGUGUUGAAACAGCUGAGAAAGCAACAACGGUAGAAGAAGAAGCAAAUGAAGAGAAGGAGAUUGCUGCCGCCAGUGAAGACGAAGAACACAGCGCAGCAGGGGGAGCCGAUGAUGUAGCAACAACUGAGCAUGAAUCUGGUAAAGAGGAAGCUGAAGAAGACGAGGAAGACUCUGAUGCUGAUGAGUCUGAGAUGGAUGCUGCAGAGACAACUGAAAAAGCAACAAGUGAAGAUGAAGCAGCUGAAGAUAAGGAGAUUUCCGCUAUUAGUGAGGAUGAAGGUGAAGAUAACAGUGCAGUAGGAGCAACAACUGAACAUGAAUCUGGUGAGGAAGAAGAAGCUGAAGAAGACUCUGACGUUGAUGAGUCUGAGACAGAUGCUGCAGAGACAACUGAGAAAGCAACAACUGAAGAUGAAGCAGCUGAAAAUGAGGAGGUUGCAGCCAUUAAAGAAGAUGACUGUGUGGUUAACGGUGCAGCAGAGGAGGCUGAUGUUGGAGCUACAACUGAGCAUGAAUCUGAGGAUGAGGAGGCUGUGGAAGACAGCGGUGAAGACGAGUCUGAGACAGAUGGUGCAGAAACAAAUGAGCAAGCAACAACUGAAGAUGAGACGACGGAAGUUAAGGAGAUCGCUGCCAACAGUGAAGGUGAAGCUGGAGCUACAACUGAGCAUGAAUCUGAUGGUGAGGAAGCUGUGGAGGACACCGGUGCUGAUGAUUCUGAGAAGGAUGAAGAUGAAGAAGUAGAGGCAACUGAAGAUGAGACAGCUGAAGAUAAAGUGACUGCAGCCACAAGUGGAGAUGAAGCCAAAAAUGGAGGUGUUGAAGCCUCAACAGCUGGGGUGGAAAGUAAAGAAGAGGAUGUGGCAGAAACAAAAGGGCAGGAAUCUGCCGUAGAGGAAGCCCAGGAGACAGAGGCCGCUGAAGAUGAGGCCCCGGAAGAUAAGGAGAUUCCUGCUACAAGCGAAGAUGAAAUGAAGGAGGGAGCUGGUGAGGUGACAACAGCUGAAGAUGUAGGUGAAGCAACCGAACAUGAAUCUGAAGAAGAGAAAGUGUCUGAGGCAGCCACAGCUGAAGAUGCAGAAGAAACUGCUGAUGGUAGUGAUGAUGAUCAUGAUGAUGAUGAUGAUGCAGAAGGUGUGGAUGCCACCACAGAAAAUGAUGAAACCAAAGAGGAGACUGACAACACAACCGAAGCUGACAAUCCCUCAGAAGAACCAUGUGCAGUGGCCACAACUAAAGAUGAGGCUUCUCAUGAAACAGAAGGUGCAAUCUCUGAUGAGAACGCUCCUGAGGUGACUCCAGUCACAGCGAUUUCAGCUGAAGAGGAUGUUGGUAAAGCUGAAGACGAAGCAGCUGAAAAGGAGUUAACCACAGAUGGAGAGGAACCAGAAGAAAAGGGUGAGGAUGAAGAUAAAGGUCCUGAAAAUGAAUCAGAGGAUGAGAGUGAUGCAUCAGCCGCAGAUGAAAGCGAAUCUGACCAUGAGGCAACAACAGAAGCAAACGAGACCACAGGAGAAGAAGAAGACUCUUCAAAAGUUACAAAUGAGGAUGGAGGAGAGGGAGCUGAGGAUGAGGAGGAGUCUGAUAAUGACGAAAGUGAUGGGGAGUUGGGUGAAGAUAACACAGAGUCUGCAGUAACAGGAGAUGAGACUGAAGAGGGAGAACCAGCCCAAGAAGACUCAGGAGAGCCUGAGGUGACCGGAAAUGAAAAGGAAGAGUCUACUGAAAACCCAGACGAUGAAUGUGCUGAAGAAAGUAGACAGCAACUCACUGACGAAGAGAGUAAAGAAGCUGAGGAGGACGAUGCCAGUGAGUCUGAGACUAAUCCUGCCAAAUCUGAUCAAACCUGUGGAGAAAGUGACAUGGUUGAAGAACUUCAAAAGGAGUCAAACGAUGAAACAGAGGGACCUGAUGAUGUGGUGGAGCUGAAACCAGACGAGGAGGAGAAAGAGGAAGUAAGAGAAAUCAAUCUAAAACCACCCAUCACCAUCCUAAAUGGAAACCCCUGCAAUGAUGAAGAUACCGAAGCCUCCAAAACAGAGGAGGACACCAAGACUUCCACUGAAGGCUGGCACGGAAUCAACGGAGACUCGGCUGAUGGAGAAGAUGAGGCAGAGGAGGAUUCAGAGGAGCACGAAGACGAAACAGAUGACGGGGAGAAAAAACUUGUCUCAAGGAAGACGUUGACUCAAAAGGCAGCUAAAAAGAAGACACUGAUCCCACUUGAUUUGAUCAAAAAAGUGACUGAGGAAUCAGAGGAAGGUGCUUUUGGUGAUGUUGAGGACUCUGAGACUGAGUUUAACAGCCAAGAAGAAACUUCGAGCCUGAAAUCAAGAAGUCUGCAAAAGUUUUCAGCAAAAAACUAACUGCUUAGGCUUUGGGAACUUUUUGAUGUCAUAAAGACUGAGGCACUCAUGUUGUUUUUGUCAUUUGAAGCCAUAAGUUCGAGUUUUCUAGAAGAGACACAACAAGAACUGUAAAGACAGAAAAAAGGGUCUUGGUAGAUUUCCCUCAUGUUGUUUGAUUUAAGGUUGGGUUUAUCUAGAGCUGCAGAAACACACGCACUUUUUAUUUAGCAUUUGGAAUGCUGAUAUUGUACACAAGCACAAAAAGUACUGAUCAUACAGAUGUAUGAAAAAGGAAUUUAAAUACUUGAAUGUAUAUAUUUGAUGUAGGUUUAAACUGUUUAUAACUAACUGAAUGAGACUUAUUUUUAUGCACUUUGAGACAUAGAGUACCUAAUGACUAAAUGAGCUAACUCUAUUUUACUUUAGCUUUUCUUCAAAUAAUUAAAGUGUAUUUACACUUUUUGAGCUGCUAAACAUCGUUUGCAGGACCAAGACAGUCUAUGAAUGUAUUUUAUCCGAUCAAAAGUGUUCUCUGAAUUCUUUUGAUUGCAAAGGUUAAGUUAAAAACAUGCAAAGAUAUUUAUUUUUCUAGUUAAUAUUGUACUUUUUUCAGGGAAGCCAGAAAACGCUGAUUUCACUGUGCAGAACUAUGCUGCUUGUAGCUGUAUUUUUGCUCUGGAUCUGAAUAAGGAAAUUGGAUGAUGGAUAUCAUCAUUGUAAGCAUUUUCAAACUGGUUAAAAGUUACUAUACAAUAGCUGUAAUGAUCUCUGUAGCAGGUUACAAACAUCUAUGAAAGUAGAGAAAGUCCUGGCAGGCUUUUAUGUAUCAUGACAGACUCUCCUAUUGUUCUGUAUUUUAGACCAAUGAACAUUGUUUAUCACUAACAAAUACAUUUUUCUCUGUGUUACAGAGGUAAAACCUUUGCUGAAUGUACUGUACUUAUUUUCUCUGAUAUUAAAUGUAACCCAUUCUUUUGUUGGAUCUACAAUUUAAAUUAAAAACUGGUACAUUAAAUCAUGAUGCCUUCUCCACAGUUCAUUGGUGUCCUUCAGUGGCAUUUGGAGAGACAGCUCUAUGCACAAGUUUGAAUAUGUGUCACAUAAUCAAUAAUUCCCUGACUUUAUUGCAGGUCUCAACUUUAAUGUAGAAUUACAUCAAAUGACUAUGUCAGUCUGUUGAGAUUUCACUCAUCCGCUCUCAUGUAUGAACCCUAUUACACAGAGCUGAUGGAUGUCCCUCUCUCAGACUUUCCAUUUGUAGUCUCUUGUGGUCAUCUGGCAUACUGUACAUAAUUGGUGUCACUCUGAUUGACUGCAUUACACCAGUGUGAGGAGCGGUCAAAUAUACUCAAUGGACUUUUUGGGUGAGCCGAGGACACAUCUUACAACCUUAUAUACUUAGCUGCUGCAAUAAUGGAAACAAAGAGGAAAACAUCGCUAAAAAGCCAUUGUCAAAGUCAAGCUAAAAGGUGCACUUAAGUCUCUCACAUAUCAUCCUAUCAGCAAUAAAGCAAGACACCAAUUAACACCAAUAUGUCAGACUUACAGUUAAGAUUUGCAAGCUAACAAUGAGAUAUAUUUAUAUAUCUUGAAUUGAAUUUAUUUAAAACAGGGACACUGCACAAAAAAAACAAUCGUGUAAGACAAGAAAAGCUGCUUUGAGCCAGGUUAUAGCAACAAUUGCUAAUUUACGCCUGUAGUCCCAGGGCAGGUAAAGUGAAAGCAGAUACAAUAUCAAUAUAAAUCAAUACAAUACAAAAUCAUUGAGAUAUGAGAUAAAAAUGACAUGAUGCCCACAAUAUUUUAAAAAUAGACAGAAUACACUUGUAAAAGCAGGGAACAAGACCGCCAAAUCAUGAAGUGCACAAUAGGGGUCAACAGCAAAUACUCUCUUACUCUCAUUACACAUUCAAACAUAAGCACAUACACAGAUAACAGUCCAACUAUCUCCAUCCUCCUCUAAAAAACCACACUCAUACACAAAUUAUUAACUAGACACCUAUACAUACACACACUCACAUGUGCAAAUUUGCCUACUCAGUAACCAGUGCUUUGACAAGCAUGAGAAAAUGUGGAGAUUUGUACUACAUGAGAUAAAUUCUGUGGGAAGGACUUUCCACUGACUCAUGGCAACACAUGAAAAAGAAGAGCUGCCAAAUGCUACACUCACCUCUCGUAAUAUACCUAAAUCUUACAAGCAAUCCUUUUAAAAUAAGAGCAAAUAGUUGGUGUUAGUAGCAAAUGGCUACCACAAUUUUACCAACAAGUUACAUUGGGAGGUCAGUUCUUGGAGCUAUUAUUUUUUUGGUGGAUACUGAGUGGAAAUGGACUUACAUGUAUACUCAACCUGUUUUAGAACUACCACUCAAGAUAGAUGACAAUAUGGCCACAUUAUUUCAUAUCACAUCAACCCGUCAGCUGGAUCUACCAAUUUGGCAGAUUUUCAUGUCAGUUCCCUUUUCCUGAUAAAAUACAUAAAUCUGAGAAAUACAAAAUAACCUCAGGUGACUUAUUCAGGAAGUGUUUUCAUGUAUUAAAGACGUUCACAGCAACAACAAUGCUCAUAUUGAAACUGAAAAAUUUUCUGUCAGGAAAAGAAAUGCAGCUUAACGGUAAGACCUAAAUCAUCAGUACUGUGUGUCCUACGAUAAAGUAUUAUUAGGUCCACAUUAAAGAAGGAAAAAAAGAGAUUUGAGGUGAAAGUCACAAAUAUUAUUAGAUUAUUAUUAGAUUAGAUACAGCUUUAUCUAUCCAUGUAAGGUUCUCUCAAGGAACUUAAAAGAAGGGAAUGAAGUUAAAAAAGAAAAUUGUAGAUUUUUGAGAUAAAAGUUGUAUUUUUAGAAGAUUUCAGUCCUAGUAUGAGGAAAAACUCGUACUAAAGUCCUCAUUCGACGUAAUUUUCAAGAGAUUUUCUUGCAUGAUGUGGUUCUACUACUUAGUGGUACUCUCUGAAACUAAGUGAAUAAACAAACACAUAAAAUGUCUCAAGUUUGUGUUGGUUCUGUUUAUCUGUAGAAGAAGGCAGCAUGUCAUGUUGACUAUCUGUUUUGUAGCCAUCCUUGUCUGGUGUCAUAAUGAUGAAAGUAAAAAAAAAACACUAUAACUAACAAAGAUCAAUUUCAACAAACUGUUUUGAAAAAAGGAAAAACUAAAACGACAGAAAAUCAAUUGUCAAAAGUGAAAUAAAAAUAAUAAAAAAUCAAUUACCCCCAAAUACCUUGAGCAAAUGUUCCUGGGACUCUAUUUCUUGAGAUUCAUUACUUGUUAAUUUUUAUUUUUUUUUUUGUGUGUUUACGCAAAAAGAUUGUCACAGGCUAAACUUGAGUAAACAAGGUAUAAUUUAAUAUGAUUUUAUCCUUAUUUUCCAUGUAUACGCUGACAUUUUCAGAGACAGGAUAGUCAUAAAAAUUUGGGAAAGUCUUGGAAAUGUAUUAACAAACAAUACCAAGGGACUUUCCCCCAAAAAAAUUAGGUACUAAUAAUCACUUCCUGUUGUCCACAAUAAUGCAGUAAUGGAGUUUGAUUUGGUGAGAGAGAUCCUGAUCCCCGAAUCUUCUGGAAAAGUAAAGAGUGUUUGAGGAAGCACCUGCUCGGUGGCACAGAGUUAUUUCCACGGUAAACACUGGAGGAGUGAGGAACCUCAUCCGGAGCACAAUAAUAAGGGGCUUUCCCGCAGCCAUGUUUACCUCAGAGCAACUUGCCUUUAGAGCAGCUGCACAGACAAACUCCCUGAUACAUUAAAAAGUGGUAAAAGUGUAGAUUUUGGCACUAAAGGUACCAAAACCUUGCUGACGUGACACUACAAUAUAUUUAGAAUUAAAAAGAUGUGAUAAUUCAGUUUACAGUUUGUCUGAUGUCUUAUGGCUGGAAUGAAAAGGAAGCUCUCGCAAAACUCCAGAGCAUCCCAGGGGAGCAGCACAAGUGCCGGCUGAAUGAAUGAAUGGGGGCUUCAAUUGUUCCUUGUUUAUUGACAAUCACUCUGUCUUUUAAAGCGAAUGCAGGAACGAGACCGUCUUUUACACCAUGUGUGACGGGGGACAGAUAUGGUUCCCACACAGACGGGAAGUCAAACAGGGGGCCUCUUAUGAUGGAGAGGGGGGCGAAAAAUUGAGGAACAUGUGUGAGUGUGAUUGGGUACAUCAGAGAUAUGAUGAAUUUAAAGCACAAGAAGGAUAGUUUCAUGCUUAUAUCACACAUAUAAUCUGUAUUUUAAAAAGCGAAUGUCCGGUUAGACUCAGAAGGCUGGAUAUCGUGCACUCUCAGGUUGAUAAAGGAAGUUCAAAGAGCUCAUUGGCAGCAUGUCACAGAGGUGGUCAGGACUGCGCUGCUAAAGGAGACCCACGCUCCCCGUCUUUCCCACCGUUGUUCAGGUUAUCCUGUGGGGCCACUUAUGACCCUCAUGCAGGCAGGAUGCAAUGUCUGGGGACCCCAACAGAGCUGUACACAAGCAUCCGCCGAGCCCUGGAAAGAAAACAAGAGGCUGAUGGAAAACCAGGAGAAGAGAGGAUAAAGAGAAACAGCAGUUAGUAACCAGGACGCACUCAAUAACACUCACCAUGCACCUGCAGCCUCUGUGUGUGUUUGUGUUUGUGUGUGUGUGAAGUGUGCUUGUUCCUUCAGAGAACUACAGCACAGCACAGUCCCCACACACAGCACAGGUGGUCCAAACAAAAACCUGUGAAGUGUUGCCCGGAGAGUAAUAUCCCCACGUUGCGUGUUGUAUAAAGCCCCCCAUAGGAAACAAACACUUCCGGUGCUGUAAGAUUUAUUGUUCCCCACACUUACAGCUUACUACACACUCUGAAUGACACCUUCCUCACCAGCAACUUUGAUUCAUUUUUAUAUCAUUUAAUCAUGAUUUAGCAGGCAAACCAGGAACAAAAGGGUCAUAAGAACUGCGAGAUAACUCAAGGACACAUUGUUUUUGUGUUUAUUGUUCCCAUCAUUGAAGAAGAGAGGUGAAUUCCCUUCUCAGCCGAUUGUGCUGUGAGAAUAGGAAAGAGCUGGUUAGCUGUGCUGUAUGGUGUGAAAAAUCUGAGCAUUGUUACUCUUUGAUAGAUUGACCGCGCAUCAGCUUGCAUGUUUUUUUCUAUGUCAGUGUGACUGUCUUUGCAUCUGUAUUCACAUCCGCUUGCUGCCCCUCUGCACCAGAUAUACAAGCAUUACGUCAGAGAAAUCCCCCAAAGUUCAAC